AGGGUACCACUCAGUACCUGGAUUUUUGAGGGACAAUGAAUAUAUUUUAGGCCAUUAUAGAUUAGAAUGGCCGAUGAAGCAGAUUUUCCGAGCAUCUUCAGAAUUCACAAUGAGACUUUGAAUAUUUGGACGCAUUUGAUUGGGUUCUUCAUUUUCCUUUCCCUUACCAUAUACACUGCAAUGAAGGUUCCAAAAGUUGUCGAUCUUCAAGCUUUGCAGCAGAUUUCCGAUGCAUUGAAAAAGGCUGAUUUAAAAAAAUUGCAAUCAGAAAUCCUGACAUGCUUGCCUUCUUUACCAAAUAUGCCUGAUUUGAACAAACUUCGAGAGGAGUUAAAGACUUCUAUUCCUUUAAUGGAUUUGGUUCCUUCACUCUCAAGUUGGCAUGUUAUGGAACACCUGCAUAAUUGUUUACCUGAGAUUUUCGCUGCCGGAAAUCACAUUGAUGCUCAAGUUCUGCAAGGUAUGAAGGAGCCGAUAACCCGACGGCCUUUUUUCACCUUCUUGGGUGGUGCAAUGUUUUGCUUGUUCGCUAGCAGCACCUACCAUCUCCUUUCAUGCCACUCUGAACGCCUAUCGUAUAUCAUGCUCAGGCUAGACUAUGCUGGGAUUGCUGCUCUUAUAGCAACUUCCUUUUAUCCUCCUGUGUAUUACUCGUUCAUGUGUGAUCCGUUCUUCUGCAACGUCUAUUUGGGUUCUACAACCGUAUUGCGUAUCGCAACGAUCUUGUUUUCCUUGCUGCCAAUGUUUCAGUCACCCAAGUUCCGCAAAAUACGAGCAUCCUUCUUCUUCGGCAUGGGCAUGUCUGGGGUAGCACCCAUUAUUCACAAGCUUAUCCUGUUCUGGCAGCAGCCCGAGGCACUUCACACAACCUUGUACGAGAUUCUGAUGGGAGUUUUGUACGGUGUUGGAGCUUUGGUCUAUGCCGCGAGGGUUCCGGAGCGGUGGAUGCCUGGGAAAUUCGACAUUGCCGGGCACAGCCACCAACUUUUUCACAUCCUGGUUGUCGCCGGUGCCUUCACUCAUUAUCAAGCCGGACUGGUUUACCUCAAAUGGAGGGAUCAAAAUGGAUGUUAAAAAAACCAAAUAAUCGAUUGUCGGCGAAGGAGCAUUACUCUGCUCGCAAGUUAUUUAUAGUUGGUUCAAGUAGGCAUAAUAAUGUUAUGUAUGCGGUGGGAAU